GAGAGAGAGCUGGGCUGGUCUCUGCCCCUACCUACGUGUCCAUAAAGCGGUCAGAGUUGAGUCUUUCAUGGUCUUAAAAGUGAAAUAACUCGGAGAAAGUGUGAAAACUGUGAGCGAAACUGGUCUUUAACUGAUGUGAAACAUUUAGUUAAUCUGGGAAUAUUAACCCUGUAUGCGUGCACUGUCUAACUGUAAUUGUUCACGAUGGUCCAUAAACACGAUACUGAGAGAGCCGUUGGGCUGCUGAGGCAGUAUCAGGCUAGUCUGACCAGCCCAGAGGAACAGGCUCUAAAGACCAGUGUGGGCAAGGUUUCUGCUAUCUUUGGCAGCCAGCUCUUUAAGGCUCUGUUGGAUAUACAAGAAUGCUAUGAGGUGACCCUGCAGCUAAAUGCAACAGAGAAUGCAGCAAAAGAGAACAACCUUAAGGAGAUGUUGGAGCAGAACUCAGAAUUGGAAGGUGUGUCACGAGUCCGAGUGACCAGCAGGAGGAGUCCACAGAAGGUGGAGAGAGUGGCUGGGCUCGUGAGCCGUUCCCAUGUGGAGACACCCAAGGCAAACCCUCCUCCCAUCAUUGUCAAUGCAGACUCACUGGAUGCAGGUCCUUAUGUAAAUGGGAGUGAUGGCAUGUACAAAUACGAGGAAAUCAUUUUGGAAAGGGGAAACUCUGGACUUGGCUUUAGUAUUGCUGGAGGGAUUGAUAAUCCACACAUUCCGGAUGAUCCAGGAAUCUUUAUUACUAAGAUCAUCCCUGGAGGUGCAGCAGCCAUGGACGGAAGACUAGGGGUGAAUGAUUGUGUGCUGCGUGUAAAUGAGGUGGAUGUGUCAGAGGUGGUGCACAGCCGGGCCGUGGAGGCUCUGAAGGAGGCCGGCCCUGUAGUCCGACUGCUGGUGCGCAGGAGGCAGUCACCACCCGAAACCAUCCUGGAGGUCAAUCUGCUCAAAGGGCCUAAAGGUCUGGGGUUCAGCAUUGCUGGAGGUAUUGGCAACCAGCACAUCCCUGGAGACAACAGCAUCUACAUCACAAAGAUCAUUGAAGGCGGAGCUGCGCAGAAAGAUGGAAGGCUGCAGACAGGCGAUCGUCUUCUGGCUGUGAAUAACAUCAUCCUGCAGGAUGUGCGUCAUGAGGAGGCUGUUGCUGCACUGAAGAACACUUCAGACAUGGUCUAUUUGAAAGUGGCUAAGCCAGGGCCUGUGCACCUCAACGACAUGUAUGCACCUCCGGAUUACUCUAGCACCUUCCCCACCAUGGUGGAUAACCACGUCAGCCACAACUCUAGCAUGGCAUACAUGGGAGCCAUGGAGCCCAAGCCUGUGUACCAGCCUCCUCAGGUCACCCCCUCACGAUAUUCUCCAGUGCCAAGGCACAUGUUGGGGGAGGAUGACUUCACCAGGGAGCCACGGAAGGUUCUGCUGCACAAAGGCUCCACAGGACUGGGCUUCAAUAUCGUGGGUGGGGAGGAUGGAGAAGGAAUCUUUGUAUCGUUCAUCCUGGCAGGUGGACCAGCUGACCUGAGUGGCGAGCUUAGAAGGGGAGAUCGCAUCCUAUCGGUGAAUGGUGUGAAUCUGCGAAACGCCACUCAUGAGCAAGCUGCAGCUGCACUGAAGAGGGCCGGUCAAACUGUCACCAUUAUUGCCCAAUAUAGACCUGAAGAGUACAGCCGUUUUGAGUCAAAGAUCCACGACUUGCGGGAGCAGAUGAUGAACAGCAGUAUGAGUUCCGGGUCAGGUUCUCUACGAACCAGUGAAAAGCGCUCCCUCUAUGUCAGGGCUCUGUUUGACUAUGACCGCACCAGAGACAGCUGCCUACCCAGCCAGGGCCUGAGCUUCUCGUAUGGAGAUAUUCUACAUGUCAUCAAUGCCUCUGAUGAUGAGUGGUGGCAGGCACGACUCGUCACUUCCCAUGGUGAAAGUGAACAGAUAGGGGUCAUUCCGAGCAAGAAAAGGGUGGAAAAGAAAGAGCGUGCUCGAUUAAAAACGGUCAAGUUCCAUGCUAGGACAGGCAUGAUUGAGUCCAAUAGGCAGCCAGUCAAAGUAAAGCGCAAAAAAAGCUUCAACCUGUCACGCAAGUUCCCGUUUUACAAGAGCAAGGAGAAUAUUGUUCAGGAGUUGGUGGAGUCUGAACAGUGCUUGACCUCUAAUACCAGUGACAGUGAGAGCAGCUCCAAAGGGCAAGAGGACACAAUUUUAUCCUAUGAACCAGUGACUCGACAGGAGAUUCAUUACACAAGGCCUGUGAUCAUCUUGGGUCCAAUGAAGGACAGGAUAAAUGAUGACUUGAUCUCAGAGUUUCCCCAUAAAUUUGGAUCCUGUGUUCCACAUACAACUCGUCCACGGAGAGAGAAUGAGAUGGAUGGGCAGGAUUACCACUUUGUGGCUUCAAGAGAGCAGAUGGAGAAAGACAUUCAGGACAACAAGUUCAUUGAAGCAGGCCAGUUCAAUGAGAAUCUCUACGGAACCAGUAUUCUGUCAGUUCGGGCAGUGGCUGAGAGGGGGAAGCAUUGUAUCUUGGAUGUGUCUGGGAACGCCAUAAAGAGACUCCAACAAGCACAGCUCUAUCCUAUUUCCAUUUUCAUCAAACCAAAAUCCAUUGACGCUCUAAUGGAAAUGAACAAGAGGCAGACGUAUGAGCAAGCCAAUAAAGUGUUUGAUAAGGCAAUGAAGCUCGAACAGGAAUUUGGAGAGUAUUUUACAGCCAUAGUCCAGGGAGACUCGCUAGAAGAGAUCUACAAUAAAAUCAAGCUGAUCAUCGAGGAGCAAUCAGGCCCUUACAUCUGGAUACCGUCCUCAGAAAAACUCUGAGUGUGCAGCCUCCAUCCUCUGCACGCAUGCAGAGUAAUGUUCCAACCCCUGCCCUGCUCCAGCCAGAGUCCUCUCCUUCCCUUUUUACUGAAAUGUUUCAUAUCAAGUUUUAGUGUCAUCAUUAUGUUAACUCGAAUUAAAAGAAGUCUUAUUCCCUAUUACUGUGACUGUGCACACCCCUGCAUGAGUUUCUCAGCAAAUCCAUUCAAGACUAGGAAUUUCAUUACAAAUUAUUUUUGUCUGGUAAAACAAAGGGAAAAUGAACAAAUCAUUUGUUUGGAUGGACUGUGGAAGCCAGUGUCUCAAGACAAAAGAGUGGGGGUUUGGGAUUUAAGAAAGUUUCUCGGAAAUGGAGACUGACUGAAAAGCUGGAAUCCUGUACAUGUUCAUUGUUGCAUUGUAAAGAAAUGGAAAAAGCUGAUCUCAGACCAUCAAGGUUUUCUACGAGGACUAAAUACAAACCAACCUGCUGAAGGUACUGUUCAUGGAUUACUGUUCAUGGAUUACUGACCAUGUUUAUAGAAAUUUGGUGGAGAGUCUUAGAACCUGGUGAUCUUCAGUAAUCACACAGCAGUUUGCUAUUUGGCUGGCUGCCGCUGCCAGUUGUUGAUCAAGAAACCACUGAAGGCAGAACAAAUGGAAAACAGAAUAUGAAUCUAUACAUUUAUAUUACUGAAAUCACAUGGUAAAUAAAAAUCCUAUGGAGAUUUUACUACAUAUUAUACUAUGGUACACAUUUUACACUUCACUAGAAUUGUCUAUUUGGAGGGCUGUUAGGUUUUUUUCCCUUUCUCUUUCCACUUUUUUUUUUUUUAGCUGCUCUUUAUUAAAGAUGGAGUAGAGGGGUGUAACUGGGCUCUCUGCAGAACACCAAACUGCCUUACAAUUAAUAAAAUUAUUUAAUUCUGAGGGGAAACUACAAAUUACUCAUCUGAUCAGUGCUCAAUGGAAGACUCUGUCAAACCGGUGUUGAGUCUUCCACAAUAUAUUGGAGGCCUAACUUGUGAGUGCAAUAGACUUAAGUGUCUUACCUCUUUGAAAUCCUUAUUUCAUCAUUGCUUAUCUUUUAUUGACUGAUUUUUGGAAUAAUGAUUUGGCAGCCAAGGCUUCGCUUAAGCUAUUGAACAGCAGCUAGCCCAUUUGCACUUUCUCAACCUAUCAAGUCUCUUCUCUUCAGACUGAACGGUAACAUGGUACUGUCCUGUAUGCUGCCCAGCUGGGAAGCCUUAAAACGGGUAGAAUUAAGACAAUAAUUGUAUUUGGAUGUCCUUCUCAAUAUUAAAAGUCAAUAGAGCCUGAAUUGGCUUGAGUUCCCGA